GUAGCUUCACGGGUCUCUCCCCGUUUCCGCCCCGUCCCCCGUUCAUAAAUUGGCAGCCUCCCCUCGGUUCCUUAUCCAUCCAAAAAAAUCCCCAAUCUCUCGAAACAGUUCUCCGGGCGACCGAAGCGAGUCGAAGGAGUCUCUCACGAUCCUCUCAAGAUGCAGAUCUUCGUUAAGACCCUCACUGGCAAGACCAUCACACUCGAAGUUGAGUCCUCGGACACCAUUGAUAACGUCAAGGCUAAGAUCCAGGACAAGGAAGGCAUUCCUCCUGACCAGCAGAGGCUGAUCUUUGCUGGCAAGCAGCUUGAGGAUGGCCGCACCCUCGCUGAUUACAACAUUCAGAAGGAGUCGACCCUCCACCUAGUGCUCCGUCUGCGUGGUGGUAUGCAGAUUUUUGUCAAGACCCUCACUGGCAAGACCAUUACCCUUGAGGUUGAGUCCUCGGAUACGAUCGACAAUGUGAAGGCUAAGAUCCAGGACAAGGAAGGCAUCCCCCCUGACCAGCAGCGUCUCAUCUUCGCUGGCAAGCAGCUUGAGGAUGGCCGUACCCUCGCUGACUACAACAUCCAGAAGGAGUCGACCCUUCACCUGGUGCUCCGCCUACGUGGUGGCAUGCAGAUCUUUGUCAAGACCCUCACUGGCAAGACCAUCACCCUGGAGGUGGAAUCCUCUGACACCAUUGACAACGUGAAGGCAAAGAUCCAGGAUAAGGAGGGCAUCCCCCCAGACCAGCAGCGUCUCAUCUUUGCCGGCAAGCAGCUGGAGGAUGGCCGCACCCUGGCGGACUACAACAUCCAGAAGGAGUCCACCCUUCACCUGGUGCUCCGCCUCCGUGGUGGCCAGUAAGUCCCUGGCCAUGGAGCUGGCUUUUGUCCCUGGGUUCACAAGUACGGUGCAGGUGCCUCCUGUGUCUCUGGAGAUUGUCUGUGUUUUGGGUCUUGGUUGAGUCGUGGUCUUUUGUCUGUCCGAUGUUGAGUCAUGUGUGGUCCGGUUGUAUUUGUGAACAUUAGCUGCUGUGCAGCAGCUUCGUUGAACUAUGUGAUGAAUAAGUGAACCCUGAACUUCAUGUGGUAAUCAGAUUGUUCAUGUUUUCUGCCUUUC